AUGGCAGUCAAAACCCACACUGUCUGGUUCUCAGCACCGCAGCAGAGGAACAGGGAGCAGCUGCGGCGGGUGGUUAACAGCAGUCCUUUAAGCCUGACCAAGUCUUAUUUUGUUCCAAGAGGUAACAGUAGUUUUCUUUUCCUUUCUAGGGAAGAGCUGGGGAGAAGGAAAAUAAAGUCUCUCCAAAAACAGAUUCAUGAUGUCAAGAAAGAAAAGGAGUUUGAACUCCAGAACCGGGACGAGAUGAUCGCAUACCUCAAGGACCAGCUCCAAGAGAUGAAGGCAAAGACUGACAUGGAGAACCGGUACGUGAAGAAGGAUGCGGAGUUGCAGGUGUCUCAAACGCAGAAGAAGUGCUCGGACGCUGACGACGAUCUGCAGGAUGAAAUUGACAGGCUGAGAAAUCAAACAGAUGAAGAGACCAGAGUCCACCAGGACAUUGAGAAUUUCCUCAAGCAUCAACUGACGAUCAUAGAAGAGAAGCUGGAAUACUGGAUGGAGAAGUAUGAGAAGGACACAGAGGCCAAGCAGCAGGAACUGAAUUCGCUAAAGGCUUCCAGAACAGCUGACCAGAUAGCCCUGCAGGAACUGGCCAAGCAGGUCCUCUUGUGCGAACAAGUGAUCAUAGAAGAUCGGAAGGAGAAGGAGGCGGCACGCCGGAAGGUAGAACAGGAUGCCCUGGAGAUGAAGAGCAUCCUGAAGCUGCAGGCCUGGUGGAAAGGAAUGAUGGUUCGCAAAUUCCUGGGCCCCUACAAGGCCCUCAAGAAGCUCCUGGAGGAAGAGCCACCGCCCAAAGAGAAAGGGAAGAAGGGCAAACCUGGGAAACCGGGAGCCAAGAAGAAAAAGUGAGGGCAGCGCCAACGCUCCACUUGCGCUGCUCUGAGCUCCGGGAGAAAGGAGUGGUGGGGACCGGACCAUCCCCUGCGUUUGCCAAGACGGUCAGAAGCAAUAAAAAGUGUGAGAGCUCUACAUGCA